AUGUCGUACAGACCGGUCGCUGCCUCUGCGCAAUGGGCGCGCAUGCUUAGCCGAGCUAGACAUCCCAUCGCGAGCACGAUGAUGGCCAGCCAGCGCUUCCCACGCUCAACGCCCGUUUCUCGGCAUGCACACUGCCAACUUCGCUUGAUUGGCUCGACAACUACGAAUCGCGCAAAUUUGGCGACCGAAUCUGCCACCGAGGCAUCCUGGGCCGCUCCCCCGGCGGAGGAGAGACGAGGGCCCCAGACCCUCACCGAGAAGAUUCUCCAGGACCACGCGGUCGGCGUUCCAAAGGGAAAGACUAUCCGCAGUGGAAGCUUCGUGUCUGUGCGACCCUGGAAAUGCAUGACGCAUGAUAAUACCUGGCCUGUGGCCAAGAAGUUCCAAGAGCUGCAGGCCCCGGGCCUCAAGGAUCCUAACCAGAUGGUUUUCGCUCUUGAUCACGAUGUCCAGAACAAAUCGGAAGCGAAUCUCAAAAAGUAUGAACUAAUCGAGGCGUUUGCGAAGAAGCACGGUGUUCCCUUUUAUGGCGCCGGACACGGAAUCUCUCACCAGGUUAUGAUUGAGGAGCUAUAUGUUUGGCCGGGCAAGCUAUGCGUCGGCUCAGACUCGCAUUCGACGAGCUAUUCUGCGCUUGGGGCUGCAGGAUUUUCCGUUGUGCGAACGGAUGCCGCGGGCAUCUGGGCGACGGGUGAGGCUUGGUUCCAAGUUCCUCCGGUUGCCAAGGUGAACUUCACCGGUAUUCUGCCGCCUGGUGUGGCCGGAAAGGACGUUAUUGUUGCCCUGUGCGGCCUGUUUCAGAGCGAUGUGCUGAACCACGCCGUUGAGUUCUCCGGCUCGGAAGAGACCAUGGCCAGCAUUCCGGUGGAUGACAGAAUCUCAAUCAGCAACAUGUGUACUGAAUGGGGUGCGCUCACAGGACUGUUCCCAGUAGACAAGACUCUGGAGCGCUGGCUUCGGUACAAGGCGACCGAGGCGGCCAUGUUCCCCGACCGCACCACCAAGGAGAGAAUUACACACGAAAAGGUUGACGAGCUCUAUGCCAACCCCCCAAGGGCCGACCCUGACGCCCAGUACGCAAAACAACUCUACAUUAACCUCUCCACGCUCUCGCCCUACGUUUCAGGCCCCAACUCGGUCAAGAUCUCGACACCUUUAAACGAGCUCGCUCCUCAAGAGAUCAAGAUCAACAAGGCAUACAUUGUGUCAUGCACCAACAGCCGCGCCUCCGACAUUGCGGCUGCCGCCAAAGUUUUCAAGGAUGCGGCCGAGGUUAAUGGUGGUAAGAUUCCCAAGGUUGCCGAAGGCGUCAAACUUUACAUCGCGGCUGCUUCAGCUCGUGAGCAGGAGGCUGCGGAGGAUGCUGGCGACUGGCAAGUACUGGUUGAGGCUGGCGCCAUCGAGUUGCCAGCAUCCUGUGGCCCAUGCAUCGGGCUCGGCACCGGUCUUCUGGAAGCCGGAGAGGUUGGCAUCUCUGCCUCGAACCGUAACUUCAAGGGGCGCAUGGGUAGUCGCGAGGCACUGGCCUACCUCUCGAGCCCCGAAGUCGUGGCCGCCAGCGCUCUUAGCGGCAUGAUUUCUGGGACGGAUGCCUACCAAGUUCCGGAGAAUUACAAGGGCGUGGAGCAUGGCUACGGCACCGGCGCUCCGGAGACGGUGGAGAGCAAGCUCGGCAAUAUCCUCGAGCAGCUCGACUCUCUCAUUGAGCGUGUCGAGUCCUCCGUUGGCGGCGAGUCGUCCGCGGAGAGCAGCACCAAGAUCCUGCCUGGCUUCCCCGAGAAGAUUACCGGCGAGAUUGUCUUUUGCGACAUGGACAAUCUGGAUACGGAUAACAUCUACGCAGGAAAGUACACCUACCAAGACGACAUCACCAAGGAGACCAUGGCUAAGGUCUGCAUGGAAAACUACGACCCCAAAUUUGGCGACAUUGCCAAGCCCAACGACAUUGUAGUGUCUGGCUUUAACUUUGGCUGCGGCUCGAGCCGUGAACAGGCAGCAACGGCGCUUCUAGCCAAGGAGAUUCCCCUCGUCGUGUCUGGAAGCUUUGGCAGCAUCUUCUCCCGUAACAGCAUCAACAAUGGCCUGCUGGGUCUCGAGGUGCCGCGUCUGGUAGAGCGUCUGCGCGCGACGUUUACGGAAAAGAUUCCGACGAGGCGCACUGGCUGGACUCUCACGUGGGACGUGGCCCGCAGCGUCGUCCAGGUGCAGGAAGGCGAGAGUGGUGAGACGUGGGAGGAAAAGGUGGGCGAGUUUCCGGAGAACCUGCAGGAGAUUAUCGCAAAAGGUGGCUUGGAGAAGUGGAUCAUGGAUCAAGUGACUAAGGAAUAA